UUGUCCAAGGAGUUGGAUUUAUACGGGAAAGAAGCAGAAGACCAAUCCUCGAAAGUACAGCAGCUUGUGGCUGAAGGAGCGGAUGAAUACGAUAUCAAAAAACAGAAAGAAAUUCUUCGUGAUUGCGAACAAAUGGUCCCAGACACGCGUAGUCGACUGACAAGCGUAGUUGCUGAUUUGGACACUUUUAUUGUGAGUGUCCACGAUGACUGA